GUAGUCUCCAAUCUAAUAUUGCGAGAUAAAUAGGUCGAUUCCCAGAGCUGAGAAGGUUCUGUUAUGAUGGGUUCUCACAAUUCACCACAUUCUGUUAUAUAAUCUCAUUGUUAGGGAAAGCUAUUUCACCAACUAAGGUUAAUUCCGGCUUUUAGAUUGCUGAUGUCUAAUUAUUAUUCUCCCAGUUGUUAUUAGAAGACCAAUAUCACUCAUAAGUCUGAAUAACAUAUAAUCUGACAGUCACUAUAUCUCAAUAAAAAGCUUCUCCAAGGACCGGAAGCAUGACAGUUAUGAUUAAAAAUCUCUCUUUUUCUGAUAAAGUGAUCGCUUACCAGUAAACAUGGCUAGCAACAAAUUUUAGCAGAAGGUAACGAGACGGGUAAUUUGAUCAAUUCCGUAAACCUCAUUUCUAAUACAAAAAGUUCUCGAUUAUUUCAUAUGUAAAAGAGGCCAAAUACUGCUAUUAUAGGCAUCAUCGGUCAGGAUCUCUAAAAAAAUUGAUUUUUUGCUUAGUUAUACUCUAAGGAUAAGUCUCUACUGAACCAACACUUCAAAGAUUAUUACUACUCACAGCAAUUAUCUUGACUAGUACCUAAAUUAUUUUACCACAAAGCCUCUAUGCCUGUGCUGUAAACUAACUAAGCAUUUUUACCCUGCUGAAGGCUAUGAUUCUUUGUAGAGAGAAGGUUUGAAGAACCUAUAAAAAUAUUCGAACCCAUCACGGUUUUUGUAGACUCAAUAAGUUAUCUUAUAAUAUGCAUUGAAAUAGCCAAAUUUUCCGGAAACUUUUGAAUAUUAAUCAAAUUUUCCCCAACCCCUACUCGGGUAAAGUUAUUUGGGAUAAUAAUAUUAGAAAUUUGCUUAAAAAAGUAGGUUUGACAUAUUAUGGUUUAUUUUUCUGACAUCAAAUCUAAAACUUUUUCCUUGAUUACAUAUUAUCAAAAAUGGAAACUAAUAUUUUUACAGCAUUAAAACUAGUUUAGUAGGGUUCUGACUAGUAUAAAACUGUUCUAGAGGAAUCAAAUCGGCUGGAAUACUGAAGAAACAGAUCGUAGUGGGGUAGCAUGAUACAUUCUUUAUUUCACUUGAUUUAGGUAGACUGUAUCUGCCCUUGCUGCUAAAUUUCAAUUC